UCUCCCCGGGCCUGAUAACGCUCAUCCACUCUCUUCAGAGCUGCCUGUUCUGGACAGUUACUGGACAUGGAAUCACAAUGCACAACUUGGUCAGUCUCACUUUCUAUAAUGUUUUCAAGGUUUAUCCAUGUCGCAGUGUGUAUCAUCCCUUCAUUUUUAUGGCUAAACAGUGUCUCAUUGCAGGGGAAUACCAUAACUAUAAUAUGUCUGUCAUACAUUGAUGGGCAUCUAAGGUGUUUCCAACCUCAGGGUAUUUCAGAUAGAAAGAUAUGACAUUUUUCCAACAGGUCAACAAAUUCACAAAUUGACUACGUCAAAAUUAUUGCUUAUUAUUUUGUUAAUUAUUAAGUUUAAAAUUAAAACUUAUUGCUGGGCAGUAGUGGUGUACACCUUUAAUCCCAGCACUUGGGAGGCAGAGGCAGACAGGUCUCUGCGAGUUCAAGACCAGUCUAAAAAAAAAAAAUUACCAACUUCUUUAUUUUUUUUUCCUUCUUCUUUGAGACAAGCUCUCUGUCCUGGAACACACUAUAAAGCCUGACCUCAAACUCACGGCAAUCCUCCAGCUUCAGCCUCCACAAAACUUAGUAUUACAACUGUGUGCCACCACUCACAGCUUGAGGUUAGACACUGUCACUGUUACUUGUCAGAAUGAGGCAGAGCUGAGCCAGGCGGUGGUGGCACAUAUCUUUAAUCCCAGCACUCAGGAGGCAGAGCCAGGUGGAUCUCUGUGAGUUCGAAGCCAGCCUGGUCUACAGAGCGAGAUUCAGGACAGCACCAAAGCUACGCAGAGAAACGCUGUCUCAGAAAAAAAAAAUGAGGCGGAGCUGGAGAUGUGUCUCAAUGCAGAGCGUCUACCUAGCAUGGGCAAGGCCCGAGGUCGAUUUGCAGUGGAAGGAGGUGCUACAACCACAGAGUUGGGGGUGAUGAAACGCAUGUAAGACUGACAAGGAAAUAUAUCCAGAGUAUUUGUCAAGUUCUGACACAUCAGUGAGAGCAGCACAAUGGGAGAACGUGCGUCAGUUAGAUACUUCAGGAAGAGGAAAUCCAGCAGCCAGGGAAGUUGUGCAAAGGGCACAGCCUCACUCACCACCAGGAAACCACAAGAGAAAUCACUGUACUCCAAACCAGAAAGACUAAAUUAGAAGAGACUAGAAGACCAACAGUGUAAGAUUCUUGGGAGGGAAACUCACACCACCAGGGGAAAUAUAAAUUGACCAACUAUAGGGGCUGGAGAGAUGGCUCAGCAGUUAAGUGCACUGACUGCUCUUCCAGAGGACCCAGGUUCAAUUCCCAGGACCCACAUGGCAGCUCACAACUGUCUGUAAGUCCUGUUCCAGGGGGGUCUGACACCAAUGCACAUAAAAUAAAAGUUAAAUAAAAAAUUGACCAGCUAUUUGGAAAAGUCCAGUGUUCUUUUUCUGACUUUGAAAGUCCAAGGGGUGGAGCUCAGUUGGUAGAGCGCUUGCCUAGCAUGCAUGAAGCCUCAGGUUCAAUCCCCGGCACCGCAUAAACUGGGUGUGGUGGCACAUGCCUGUAAUCCCAGCACUCAGGAGGUAGAGGCAGAAGAAUCAAAAAUUCAGAGGUCAUCUGUGGCUACCUAGGAAGUUUGAGGCUAGCCUGGGAUACACGAGACCCUGUCAGAGUUGGAGUGGAGAAAUCAGGGAGGGAGAAAAAGGGAGAUUUGAGUUGUUUCCACUUCGGACUAUGAUCAAAAAUAUUGUUACGCUAGCCCUGACUGGAGACCAGCCGUUGGUUAUACUACAGCUGUUGGUUUCAAGAGCAGCCUAGAGGACUGUCUUCCUGUGGUUUAUUGGCUGUUCUAAACCCAAAAGAGGCCGAAUUCCAGCACUCGGGAGGCAGAGGCAGGCGGAUCUCUGUGAGUUCGAGGCCAGCCUGGGCUACAGAGCGAGUUGUAGAACAGCCAGGGCUGCACAGCGGAACCCUGUCUCAAAAAACCCACAGUUCACGAAAACAAAAGGUGAUGGUGUUGCUAUGAACAUACUCCCACUGCUAUUUUAUACAUAUGCUUCAUUUCUCUUGAGUGUAUUGCUAUUUUAUACAUAUGCUUCAUUUCUCUUGAGUGUAUUGUUAUUUUAUACAUAUGCUUCAUUUCUCUUGAGUGUAUUGUUAUUUUAUACAUAUGCUUCAUUUCUCUUGAGUGUAUAUGCAGUAAUGGAACAGCAAGGCCAUACAUUACCACUUCUGUUUGUUUGUUUGUUUGUUUAGAGAUGGGAUCUCUCUACAUAGCCCUGGCUGUCCUGGGACUCCCUAUGUAGACCAGGCUGGCUUCACACUAACAGAUCUUUCUGCCUCUGCAUCCCAAGUGCUGGAAUUAAAGGUGUGCAUCACCUUACCCUGUACUUUCCUUUUACUUUUUAAGGAACUGCCAAACUGCUUUCUAGUGUGCACCAUUUUAUCUCUCCCUACUGCAUUUUAUCAAGAUUCCAGUUUCUUUAAAUCUUCACUAGCAUCUUUAUUUUGUCUCUUUUGUUUGUUUUUUGAGACAGGGUUUCUCCGUGUAGCCCUGGCUGUCCUGGAACUCAUUCUGUAGACCAGGCUGGCCUCCAACUCCUCAGAGAUCUACUUGUCUCUGCCUCCUGAGUGCUGUAACUAAAGUCCUCUGCCACCCCCCUGGCUUUAUUUUGUCAUUUUAAUUAUGGCCAUCCUGGUAACUAUGAAGUGGUAUACCUACAGUGUUAGUCUGACUGUUUUUGAUACAAUGUCUCACACUCUAGUUCAGGAUAGCUUGAGGAACUCACUAUGUAGCCCAGCCUCAAAUUUGUGACAAUGUACAUGCCUUAUCCUGUCAAACGCUGGAAUCAUAGGCAGUCAUCAUCAUGCCUGGUUCUGUAUAUCUUCUUUGAAGAAACAGUCAAAAAACCCAUUAGUUAAUGGAAAGAUAAACUGUUGUACAUUCACAUCAAGAAAUAAAAAAGAAAUAAAAGCCCACGCUUUUAGUCCCAGCACUCAGCAGACAGAGGCAGGCCUGGUGUACAGAACGAGUUCCAGGACAAUCAGAGCCACCCAGAGAAACCUUGUCUCAAAAAACAAACAAGUGGGCUGGAGAGAUGGCUCAGAGGUUAAGAGCACCGACUGUCCUGAGUUUGAUUCCCAGCACCCACAUGGUGGCUCACAACCAUCUGUAAUGAGAUCUGGCACCCUCUUCUGUGUACAUAAUAAAUAAAUAAAUCUUUAAAAAAAUAAACAAGCAAAAAGGGGAGUAAAAAAGGAAAAAAGAGAGAGAGAGAGAGAGAGAGAGAGAGAGAGAGAGAGAGAGAGAGAGAGAGAGCAGAGGUACUGGAGAGGUUGCUCAGUGGUUAAGAGCACUUGCUCCUCUUCCAAAGGAUCCAAGUUUGGUUUCCCUGUAUCCAUGUCAGGUGGCUCAUCUGUAACUCUGAACUCCAGGGGAUCUGGUGCAGUCAGGCCUCUGCACAUGGUGUAAGUUACACAGAUAUAUACAUACAAAUAAAUAAAAACAGUCAAUAUAAAUAAAAAAGAAGGGAAGAGGAACCUACUGAUACAGCAGAUGAAUCUCUAGGGUGCUAUGCCAAGUAAAAUAAGCCAGUUUUAGAAAGUUUCAAUACUGCUGAUUAAUUUUUCCCCCUUUUAAAAUUACUUGUCUCUUUCUGUUUAAGGUAUAAUUUUAAAAUAUAUAUUUUGGAUAACUUUUGCCAGGCAGUGGUGGCACACACCUUUAGUCCCAGCACUCGGGAGGCAGAGGCAGGUGGAUCUCUGAGUUUGAGGCCAGCCUGGUCUACAGAGCCAGUUCCAGAACAGCCAAGGCUAUGCAGAGAAACUGUUUCAAAACAAAUUUUGAUUUUGCUUUAGUUUUGGUAUAUGGAAUAAACUUGUGGCCUUGUUCAUGCUAAGCGUGGGCUCUACUACUGAGCUGUCCCCAAGUCCCUUAGUUUAGAUAAGUUCUUUAUUAGACAUAUGAUUGUCAAAUAUUUUUUAUCAGGCAUGUGGCACACACCUCUAAUCCCAGCACUUGAGAAAUGGAGGCAGGAGGAUCACAAAUUCAUGACCAGCCUAAACUACAUAGCAAGACCCUCUCUCUCUCUCAAAAAAAAAAAAAAAAAAAUGCUCAGUAGUGGCGGCACAUGCCUUUAAUCCUAGUACUCAGGAAGCAGAGGCAGGGGGAUCACUGAGUUUAAGGCCAGCCUGGUCUACAGAAAAAGUUCCUGGACAACCAGGGCUACCCAGAGAAACCCUGUCUUGAAAAACCAAAAAAGUAAAAUUAAAAAAACUAAAACUCGCCGGGCGGUGGUGGCGCACGCCUUUAAUCCCAGCACUCGGGAGGCAGAGCCAGGCGGAUCUCUGUGAGUUCGAGGUCAGCCUGGGCUACCAAGUGAGUUCCAGGAAAGGCGCAAAGCUACACAGAGAAACCCUGUCUCGAAAAAACAAAAACAAACAAACAAACAAACAAAAAAACUAAAACUCAAUUAGUGAAUAAAAAUUAUCUUUCUCAAUCUGUGGGAUAUUACCCAAGACUUACUAUAAAUCUGUAGUAAUCAAGACAAUGUCAUUGUGGCUAAACAUAGACAUGUAAAUCAGUGGGACAGAAUGGAGUCCAGAAGCUGUCUUAUAAAAAUAUGGCUAAUUUGGGCCAGCAAGUUGGCUUAGUGGAUAAAGGUGCUUGUAACCAAGCCUGAUGACCAGAGUCUCAUCCCUAGGAUCCACAUGGUAGAAGACAAGACCUGACUCUGUCAAAGUUGUCCUCUGACCUCCAGUUAUGUGCCAUGGCACAUGCACACACAAGAAAUGAAAUGUAAUAAAAUAUGGCUAAUUAAUGUUUACACUCCCUCUUGGCAAAGAUGCAGAGAAGUGAUAGCUAAUUAGCAUGGGGGGCGGGGGCGCACGUGUAAGCCUGAGGAUCGAGUCCAGGGCCUCACACAAGCUAGGCAAGCACAUAUCCCCAGCCUAGCCAAUUAAAUUUGUACCAAUAAGUGUGAAAAGUGAAUCUAUUAGAGAGCUUAGAGUCUUUGCAACAAUUAACCGUGGAGCAGAUGUCCAUGGCCAAAAGUAAUUAACAGAGGCCUGACCCUCAUACCUCGAACAAAAAUGAUCUCAAAAUGAACCAUCUGUACAAACACAAGACAAACUAUGACACUUUUAGAAGAAAAUAUAGAUUACAAAUCUUUGUGUUUUGUGGAUAGGCAGUGAAUUCUUAAGAAUUCUUUCUUAAACUGGGUGUGGUGACCCAUACCUUUGAUCCCAGCACUAGGGAGGUAGAGGCAGGUGGGUCUCUAUGAGCCAGCCUGGUCUACAUAGCAAGUUCCAGGACAGCCAAGGCUACAAUAGUGAGACUCUUUCUCAAAAAAUAAAUUCUUUCUUCCACUUAAUUUAAUUUAAUUUUGAGAUAGGGUCUCACUACGUAGCCCUGGCUGGCCUGGAACUCACUAUUUAGACUAGGUUGCCCUCAGGUUCACCAAGAUGCAUCUGCCUCUGCCUCUUGAGUGCUGAGAUUAAAGCCAUGCACCACAGUCCAAAAGAAUGAGUUCUAAAAUAGGAGCUUGAUAAAUUAGAUUGCAUAAAAUUCAAACUUUGGUUCUACAAAACUUUCCUAAGAUGAACUGAGGGCUGGGUGAGUUGUCUCACUAAUAGUGGGUAGAGGCACUUAGCACCUCUUAACAAUGUGAGUUAGCUGUCCCCUGACUUCCACACAUGCGUUGUGGCACAUGCAUGCCCCUUCACACAAAAUAAACAAAUGAUAAAUGGAAAAAAAUUGAAAGAUGAAAUUAAAAAAUAAAAAACUGAUGGAAAGUAUUUGCAAACAACAUAUCAGACAAAAAGAAACGCAUCCAAAUUGUACACAGAAUGCCCAUAAGCCGCCAGUAAGAAAGUAGCCUAGUUUAAAAGUGGACAGAGUACUUGAGCAAAGAGGCUACUGUAGAUAACAUAUAGAUGGCAAAUAGCCACAUGAAGAGAUCUUCCACUUCACUGGCCAUCAGAGAAAUACAAUUCUCAGCCAUGAUGUUACAUCACUAUUUACCUGUCAAAACACUAAGAUUCAAAAACUCUGGCAGUGAUACACACAGGAAUACAAAACAGCAAAGAUACUCAUGAAAACAGUUUGUCAUUUCUAAUAAGGUUAAAUAUGCAUUUUGCAUAUGCCAGCACAUCUACUCCAGGAUAUAGAUACAUCUACAGACACAGGGAUAGAGAAACAGAAACCUAUGUUCAUGCACAGACUUCUCUGUGAAUGUUCAAACUGUCUUUAUUUUGUAAUAACCCCACACUAGAAACUGUCCAAAAGUCCUUCAGUGAACGAAAGGACAAACUGCUGCAUAUUUACAUCAUAAAAUAAAAAGUAGCCAAUAGCUGAUACUGCAGAUGAAGCCACAAAACAGUCGGCAGGAUGAAAGAAGCCAGUCUUAAAGGAUAUAACACUGUGUGAUUCCAGUCACACAAUUUUUUGAAAAAGAUGGAUUAGCAUGGCUUAGGUCAGGAGCAAGAGGAAGAUGAGGCAGCAAAUGGGUGGCUGUGGGGGUUUCUGGGAUGGCCGGGCUAUUCUAUAUCCUGAUUGUGACUUGGUUACAUAAAUCUAUAUACGUGUCAAUUCAGAGGACAAUGAGCAAAUCAACUUCACUGCAUAUUGAGAUAAAUUAAAAGAAUCGUAUGUUUCACCAGACACUGGUUGCUGUGGAGGGCUAUGGGGCAAAUUGACGAUUUUCUUUGGUUAACCUGUCACCUCCUGGUGGGAGCAGACUUCCAUCCUCUUCCCUCAGUGCUGAGUGAGAGGGGCCUACUACUUCCUUGAAGGAAACCCAAGAGUCACGGGAACUAGGGGACACGGGUGGCACAAGCAAUUUGUGAUUCUGAAAUGAGUGGGGACAGUGCAGAUCUGGACACAAGGAAUGACCUCCUGACAUGGCUGGGCCGCUAUCUCUCCUGGAUUCUGUGCAGGACUAUGACCAACACCCCACCCACCCCCUUUAGACCGAGGGGAGUGGGCAGGAGCGAUAGCGCUUGACCUCCAAGUCCCACCAGGCCCUGAUUCCCAUUGUUGCUGUGUCUGAUAACAGGCCCCACCCUGCAAGCCCCCUCCCCUCUCCCAAGCAGUGGUCACAGCCAGGCAGGCCCCUGACUUUGUGUAUAUAAGGGGACACUGAGGACAAGCACCAUCAGGCCAGUCCUGAGUGCAUUCAAGCUCCAGCACAGCCUCCAACACUCACCACCACCACCAUGUCUCUGAUGAAGAAUGAGAGAGCUAUCAUCAUGUCCAUGUGGGACAAGAUGGCUUCCCAGGCUGAGGCCAUCGGCACUGAGACUCUGGAGAGGCUCUUCUGUAGCUACCCCCAGACGAAGACCUAUUUCCCGCACUUCGACCUGCACCACGGGUCGCAACAGCUGCGUGUCCACGGCUCCAAGAUCUUGGCUGCUGUAGGCGACGCGGUUAAGAACAUCGACAACCUCUCGAGUGCUCUGACCAAGCUGAGCGAGCUGCAUGCCUACAUCCUGCGUGUGGACCCGGUCAACUUUAAGCUCCUGUCCCACUGUCUGCUGGUCACCCUGGCCUCACGCUUCCCGGCCGACUUCACCGCUGAGGUCCACGAAGCCUGGGACAAGUUCAUGUCUAUCCUGUCUUCCAUCCUGACUGAGAAGUACCGCUAAGCGCCACCGCCACGACCCCCAAGAUGGGCUACGACCCCUCUCCUCCCCUUCACUGAACCCUCCCUAGGGUCUUUCCAGUAGCCCCCAAUAAAUGGUUGAAAAUAGAAAUAACUGGUCCUGUGUUCUCGUUCUCUGAGGGAAACGGGAAUGGGGACGCAACGGGAUGCACAGGGGCUUCCAGGAACGUUGUGGAUCCUAGUGCCACACACUGCCUGAAGGACAUUCCUAGGGUGGUUGGGGGAGGGUCUUGCGCUUAAGAGCCCCCAGAGUCACAGCACGCAGGAAGCAGAGCAUCCCAGGGCCAUCCCACGCGGGUCCUCGGUCAGAUGUGCAGCUGGGCUUCUCCUUCCCAAUCGCUUCGCACAGAGCGGUGGUGGGUGUCAGGAAUUCCCCAAAGUCUGACAUCCCAGCUCCUGCCGCCCUAGCAGCUGGGGGGGAGGGGUGUCCCUGUCCUUAAAGGGACAGAUGAUUUCCUGGCUGGAUUCUUUCUGGCUCCCUCCAGACAGAGCAGUAACUGGCUUCUAAGGAGUAAUUACAGGUUCUGAGAGUUCAAAACGAAGACACCCACCACAGGAUUGAGCCAAGCCAGAAGCCCCAUCCGCAGGCCUCACUCCGGGCAUGUUUCUGUAGACAGGCGGAGGGGCUCUGCGUCGCUACUGAGCUCAGCGGG